AUGCAAAAUUUUUUACGUUAUCGUAAAAAAAUACGUGAAACGUGCGUUACUUUACGGAAAAGAAAACGUGUUACGUGUAAUACAGGUAUGAGGGAAUCAUGCCAAUUAAGGAUACUGUUAUCGCCGUUGGUACUAAAACAACUACUACUAUUAUUACUAUUAUUAAAUUCUAUUGCUACUAUUAAAGCAUGGAAUGGAUGGAGUUAUAAUCGACAUCAAAAUGUCGAUGAUUAUCAUUUACCUUCAGUACAAAUUACCAUUUAUCCAACCGAAGAAAAUAUCUAUGAAGGAUAUGAUGCGACAUUUAAUUGUCGUGCACGUACUACUGACGGUGUUACGUAUCCAAAAGUACGAUGGACACGUUAUAAUGCACCAAUGCCUAAUUCAGCAUAUGAAAUAGAUGGACAAUUAAAAUUUACAUCAGCAACAGCAUCUGAUAGUGGACGAUACAUUUGUUCAGCAAGUUUUGGGGGACGGACCUAUGAUGCAAAUGCCCAAUUAAAUGUACAAUCUUGUAAGUUUCUACAGUGUGAAAUGUAA